AUGCCACACCUUCGCCGCCAGCCUAAUCCACAUGAUCUCGUGGUGCAAGGGCCAAAUGCGCCUGGAAGUCUCCGCACUCAAUUCCAGACCCCUCCCUCACGACAUACUCCUUCCAAUCCAACGCAUCGACAUAUACCCUCCACCGGUCCUCAUGAGAUAACUCCAGAGCAAUUGCCUGCAAUGGCGCCGCCUACGGGAUACCCCAAUCCCUUUUCGAUUUUUGGACGGGGGAGACAGGAACAGCCUCAGCCUCAGCCACCUUCAGACCUGGUUGAAGAGGAAGAUCAGUUUGAAGAUGCCGAAGUCGACGACGACGAUUACGAUUACGAUCCAAUUACACAGGUAUUAGAGGAAGGUCAAUUCGAUGAUGGGAUAGUUCCGGAGGAUCAAGUAGAUCCCGAUAAUGAUCAUGAUGAGACGGGUGAUAUGGAGGGGGAUGAGAUUGAUGAGGAUAUCAUGGAGGACCACCUUGACGAAGGUGAUGAGGAAAUGCACGAUCGAGAUAAAUCUCCAUCUCCCUUACCACCCAAUCUGCGUGAGAUUUCAUCCCUAGCUUCGUGGACAGUCUCUACUUCCAAGCCUGGCUGUGGUGUGGCAGCCCUCCGACAUCCAUCUCCCCAACAAUACUGGCAAUCUGAUGGUCCGCAACCGCACACAUUAACCUUGCACUUUUUCAAACUUGUCGCCAUCGUGCGUAUUCGUGUUUAUCUUGACUUCGAGCUUGACGAGAGCUACACACCCACAAAAAUGAUAUUUCUAGCUGGUAUGGGCGGGAACGACCUUGUUGAAUUCGCUACAUGGGAAGGCGACGGGCCCUGCGGCUGGGUUGAUGUUCGCUUAGAGGGAGUUGGGGGACGGACCGGAGGCUGGGUGAAGGAGAAUAUUUUCUUGCGCGAGCGCAAUGCUAGGAAUGCUCGACGCAAGUCCCAGAAACAUGGCGAUGAUCAUGAACAAGAAGGUGAACAGUCUGAUGCUGAGGCCUUGGAUGGUGUUGACCCUAUUGGCGACGAUCUGGAUCCGUACUGCGGAAAUGUUCUUAAGGCUAUGGUGGUCCAAAUGCGUAUUAUGGAAAAUCAUCAGAAUGGAAAAGAUACUCAUGUCCGUGGGUUUCAGGUCUUCGCAUGCGAUGAUAGUCGGCGACGAGGAGCUGCUGCGCCAUCUGCCUCGGCUGAUGCACGAGAUCGCCAACACCGCCGACACAGCGCUCGACAAUCAUUCCGUGGAAGUUUUCAUGAGGCUCCGCAUCAUGCACGCUUAGCGAGUGAAGAACUGGAUACUAGUAGGUUAGGUGCAGCUUCCGGUCUGGAUGAGCCAGAUUGGAUGGGAGAACCUGUCAUUCGGUAA